AGAAGAAGAAGAAGAAGUUCCCCCAUGACAAAGCCUCUUGGAAUUUUGUAUUUAGCUUGCUUGCUUGCUAACGACUGAGUCUACUUGCCAUACGACAUGGCAAUGGCAUAGACUAUAUACAUGUUAGGGAUGUUUCUGUAGCUUGUAGUUCUAGGUUGUAGCUAGAAUUUACGUUGCUGACAACACCAAGUGAAUGGUUCAAACACUGGCUAGCUAGUUAGCUAACUCUUAACGAAAUGUUCAUAUUUUAAGAGCUAUUCGACCAUUUACCUAUACUGUUAAUCCGACUCGCCUCUGAUUAUUCAAUUUGAACACAUUUAGCUGAGUUUAUCAAGCAGCAUCCUGGUCAACCCCUCUACUGCUCCUCCUCUCCUUUUUUGUCCUGGUCCUGUGCACUAUGACCAUGCGUGUGGAUGCCAAAGUAGUUAUGCUUGGUAAGGAGAGUGUGGGCAAGACCAGCCUUGUGGAGAGAUAUGUCCACCACCGCUUUCUUGUUGGUCCCUACCAGAACACUAUUGGGGCUGCAUUCGUUGCCAAAUCAAUCCAGGUGGGAGACAAGGUGGUUACACUGGGAAUAUGGGACACGGCUGGAUCAGAGCGCUACGAGGCAAUGAGUAGAAUCUACUACAGAGGAGCCAGGGCUGCCAUUGUCUGCUAUGAUUUGACGGACACAAGCAGUUUCCAACGAGCCAGAUUCUGGGUGAAGGAGCUGCAAAACUGUGACGAGCACUGCAAGAUAUACCUGUGUGGCACAAAGAUUGACCUGAUUGAGAGUGACCGGGGCCUGCGGCAAGUAGACUACCAUGACGUUCAGGACUUUGCUGACGAGAUUGGGGCUAAGCAUUUUGAAACAUCCAGUAAAACAAACAACAACGUGGAUGAGCUGUUCCGAAAGGUUGCAGAGGACUACAACAGCAUCUCCUUCCAAUUCUUGACCGAAGAGACCGGUAUUGACUUGGGUCAGAAGAAGGACUCUUAUUUCUAUUCCUGCUGCCACAGUUAAGCCUUUACUGGAUGGACAGCGAUCACUGGCUGUAAAACCAAACUGGAAAUGCAGGAUGGAUGCUACACAUCCCACCUGGAGCCUGUCCAUUUGAAAGAGAGGAGUCCAAACAGUACUAUUGUUUUUUUUGGGGGGGGUUGCUUUUUUCAGUUGUCCCGUAGAAGAUGACAUGCUCACUGCAUUUAAAGGAGUGCUAACAAUAAUAGGACACGACCCCUCUCCCAGGACAAAAUACCUGCCAAGGGUGAUUUGCGAAUGAAGCAGACGAGGAAAUAGCACCUAACCCCACUUAAAAAAAAAAAACAUUAAUUUCCUCAGUGUCUAUCAACCCACCUUAUAUAAAUGAAUUAUGCUGAUGACACGAAUGGCCUUCAUCCCACAGUCAAAUGCCUUGAGUGAGUGCUUCUUUUUAAUGACUUGAUUUUAAUAAGCAUUCUGUGCGUUUUGGGACCUUGAACAAUAUUUUCAUUGUCUACUCUUCAUGGUGAAAUGUACUUGCCGUACUAUGUACCUGCACAUUUAUUGUCAUGUGACAUAUGUUUUUCUUUUUGUCAUAAGCUCUGAUCCAGUUGAAAGUAUGGAACGCAACUAGAAAGAUUGCACCAGCACAGGACAAAGCUUGUGGGUAAAUGUAAUAUGAUAGUUAUGUCGCCAUGGCUAAAAGUACAAGAUAUUGCUAUAUGUGGUCCUGGUAGAGCAUGGCACUUACACUGCCAGGGUUGUGGGUUUGAUUCCCUGGGCUACCCAUACGUAAAAUAAAUGCACGCAUUACUUUAAGUCACUUUGGAUAAAACUGUCUGCUAAAUGGCAUUUAUAUAUAUGUGUGUGUGUGUAUAUACUCAAAGAAACCCAAAUACAGCUAUGUUUAACUAAUGUUCAAUGUAAUCUCCAAGUCACUAUUUCAAUGUUACGGACGCCUCAUCACCGUGGCUGACCAUUGUCGUUACUCCACACACAAUGGGAAGUUGCAAUUGUAUUGUUAAUGUUGACACUUUUCAAGACACCUUUGACCUUUUGACACAGUCUAACCAAUGGCAGAUUUUUACUUGAUUUUACCAAUGUGCGUGAAAAUAUACCUUAGUUAGAGCUAUUCUUGAAUUUGAGUGCAAAGAAAUUUGAGAGGGAAUUCUGAAACCUCACUGAGGUUUUUUUUCAGUCCCACUGAAGUUGUGCCUGUAGGGGACUAGUAGUAAACAGCAGCAAUGGGCCCCACAGGCAUGAAUCAUAUCCAUCAUUAGCUGUGUAUAGAAGGCUCCAUUCAAGUGUACAUACACUUCAACAGACGUGUUAUUGUUUACACACACACAGCACCUUCUAUGGUGCCACUCCCCACAGACGCAGACCUGGUGCCUGAGAAACAGGACUAGUUCACAUAGCUCAUUUUUAUGAAUGGUUUACAGGACUCUGUUAUUAGUAGGUGCAAGGGGCACAGGCACAAAGCCAGAGGUUGUUUGCAGUCCCGCGUCUGUCUGAGGCCUUGUAGAUAUUAUAACGUAUAUAUUUCCAACACUAUUACAGGUCCACAGAGAGUCGGCUGAUAUGAUAAUUCAUUGUGUGCACUCCAGUGACUGUUUUGUAGCAUGUUGUAUAUUGAAAAAAUAAAGACUACAUUUCUGCAA